GCCACGGUUGGCGAACGGGUAAAAAGGAAGAGCCGAUCGCCUCGUUACUCAAGGAAAAGGCUCGACGUCGCUGGAGGAGGGAAAAGUUGGUUUUUUAGGAUAAAAACCAACUUAAAGUACAAAAAGAGCCGGAAACGGCGGGAAUGCGACGUUGGAAACGAUCGUGAUCUUGAAUAAAGACUUGGAAAAAGUGAAAUGGCGACCAUCGUGCCAUGCUCAUUGGAGAAAGAAGAAGGAGCACCAUCAGGACCUCGUCGGCUUCAAACUGAGAUCGACGUGGACGCCAACGACAGCGGAAACGAGCUGUCGAUGGGCGGAAGCAGCAGUGAAGGUGACUCAAUGUCCCACCAUCGCGGUGAGCAUUCACCAAACCAUCAUCAUCAGGAUAAUCAUCUUGGCUCGGGACCACCACCACCACAGUUCACUGGCUCACUAUUUGACACUCCACCGUCAAUGAUUCAGUCACCACAGCAGCAACCACAGUUCCAGUUCAACACUGGAUUCGGACUCGGACUCCCGCAAGACUCCUUUCGGUGCUCAGUCUGCUCCAAGAGCUCGACGAUUGGAGUGCUGCCGUUCGUUUGUGCGCACAAAACGUGCCAAUCAUGCUACCAGAUGACACCGUCCUCGUACGAUCGACGGGCUUGCAAGCUGUGUGGUGCCGUAUCGACAGCCACCGCCAACUUUACAUCGCAGAUGUACCUGUCUCCGACGCUUCCAUCACCGCCACGUGGAGCUCUGAUGUCGGAUUGUUCGACACCAACGAUGAAUAAUCACAUUAAUUCAUCAACUCCACUUCAUCAACCUCGUGCAUUCUCAUUCUCACUCAGUGGAAUGCCUGGAUCACCGUCUCCAGUGAUGGGUGCACGGAUGCCAUCGUCUGCUGGUGGGCUCAUGAUGCGUCCAAUUGGAUUCCCCGACUCGGACAGCAGUUUGACAUCAUGGUCUCCAUUGCAACAACCAUCACAGCUUUCUAUCAAUAAUCUGUCGAGCAUCGGAGGACACCAGCAACAAUCGCCGAUGUUGAUGCAAAAUGUGUUUGAUUCGUUGGCAGUGAACGAUGAUACUCCUGUAUUCUCUCCACUCUCUCCAACGAAUACUUCAAUGCAUAUGCCACCAUCAUUGAUGGCAUCACCAGAUGUUCCAAAACAUUCUGCAACCAUAGCUCCACCACGUAAUUCCAUGUGCUCGACGCCACGUCUUCAAUUGGCAACACCAAUGUCUUCACAAUCACAGCAAACUUUUCCAAUUCCUUCACCACUUGGAUCUCAGCCACAACAACAACAGCCAAUGGGUCCGAUUCAAUGUCAAGGAUGCGAAUCGAAAAUAUCGUUCGCCUACUGUAUGCAAUGUCAGGAAGCUUUGUGUAUUCAUUGUGUUCAAGCUCAUCAGCGUGUUCGAGCCACCAAACAACAUGCGUUCGUUGAGCUUCAGCAGUUGAUGGCUACUUUGAUGAGCCGUGCAGUUCAACCACAACAAGCACAGCAAUACACUCAAAAUGUUGGAGGAUCAGUUCGUCAAGCACUUGGAUCAGUUGGAAGUGGAGAUGUUUUCUUUUCAGGACAUGUGUCUGGCGUUGAAAAUGAUUCAAUUGGCAGUGGAGAAUCAUCACCUCGAAGCUCUUCUGUGUGUGGAACUCAUGAUUCAGUAAUCAUUGGAAUCUGUGAGAAUUGUCCUCAUUCAGUUCUAUUGUGUGCAAUCUGUGUUGCUCAACAUCCUGGAAAGCAUCGAGUUCAGCCACUUGGAGAUAUUCGAGUUGCUGUUGGAGAAGUUGUUAAUGAGAGUCAAUUAUUGCAAUGGCAAUGUGAGAAGACUGGUGAUACUAUCAAGCAGAUUAUCGAUGGAAUUGUUACAAAUGCAACGACCGCUGAAAACGAGAUUCGAGCCGCUUUCGAUACACACGUCAACGCUUUGGAGGAACGACGAAAGGAACUACUCAAGAGGGUGGAGACAGUGAAGAAUCUGAAACUGUCAGUUCUCAUUUCACAAGCAGAAAGUCUUCAAUCAAAGCAAAUUGAUUUACAACAAGCAAUUCAAACUGCAACAAAGUUGAUGGAUAGUUCUGAUUGUGAUGAGAUGGUUCUUCGUCAAGUAUUUGAAAAGUUGGCAUCGUGCCAAAUGGGAAAUGAGGGCACCGAGCCAAACAACAAUAUUUUGAAUGUAUUGAUGUUGGCAUGUCAGGUGAAUGAAGACGAUCGACUCAAAUUCACAGCUCCACAGGAUGGAAUUCUUCUUAACAAAGCUCGACAAUUCGGAAAUAUUGAGAGUGGGCCAUGUGCCAAGAAUAGUUCAAUUGUCGGAGACUCUUUUAAAAAAGCGAUUCGUGAGCGUCAAACAGUGAUCUAUGUGCAACUCCGCGAUGCAUGUGGAGAUCUGUUGUCUUCAUCGAUUGCUGCAACUCAACCAACAUCCCAAGCACUUCUUCCUCAUCAAGAACCACAUUCCCAUUUGGAACAAGCUAUGCCAACUUCUGAUGUACAGGCUUUUGUCAUUUCACCAGAUGGAUCAACUGUAGAGGUCACAAUGACACCCCGUGAGAAUGGAAUCGUCGCACUCUCGUAUUAUCCAUCUAUCGAAGGAUCCUACACACUGAAUAUUCUUGUCAAAGGAACUCCAAUCAGUGGAUGCCCGACAACAAUGGAUAUUCGACGUGGCAGGAACUAUGAUGAGAUUGCAGCAAAAGGGCCAAUUCUGACAUUCGGAAAAGAAGGAUCCGGUGACGGAGAAUUAUGUCGUCCAUGGGGAAUAUGUGUUGAUCAGAGAGGACGUGUUAUUGUCGCUGAUCGAAGCAACAAUCGUGUUCAAAUAUUUGACAAAGAUGGAAAUUUCAUCUCAAAGUUCGGAACCAGUGGAAAUCGUCCAGGACAGUUUGAUCGUCCUGCUGGAAUAACUACCAAUUCUCUGAACAAUAUUGUGGUGGCUGAUAAAGAUAAUCAUCGUGUCCAGGUAUUCGAUGAAAACGGAAUGUUCCUUCUCAAGUUUGGAGAUCGUGGACGUGCUGUUGGCUACUUCAACUAUCCAUGGGGAGUUGCCACGAAUUCUCAUAAUGCGAUAGCCGUCUCGGAUACUCGGAAUCAUCGUGUUCAGAUCUUCACACCACAGGGACAAUUCGUUCGCAAAUGUGGAUUUGACUCCGCCUACUUCUUCAAGAACUUGGACUCGCCACGUGGAUUGUGCUAUCUGCCAGAUGGACAAUUACUCAUUACCGACUUCAACAAUCACCGACUCGCAGUCCUAUCGCCCAGAAACAUGUCAGAGAUGAAGGUUUACGGAAGUGAAGGAGAUGGUGAUGGAAUGUUCGUUCGUCCACAAGGAGUUGUGAUUGAUCCAGAGGGACAUAUACUUGUAUGUGACUCUCGGAACAAUCGAGUUCAAGUCUUUGCGUCUGAUGAUAUGAGAUUCAUUGGCUCAUUUGGACUUGGACCCGUCCCCAAUUCUGGGUUCCAAAUGCCACAAGAGCUACCGGCUCCGUAUUCGUCUCUCGGUGGUCCAUUCGGUGCUCCAGCCUUUUCAUCGGCUCCAACUCCACUGACUCCUUCACCACGUCAGCUUCUGGAUCGUCCCACUGAUUUGGCAGUUGGACCUGAUGGUCGCAUAUACGUCGUUGAUUUCGGAAACAAUUGCAUCCGUGUCUUCUAGACACUUUCUUCUUGCUCUUUACCCAUUUCAGAUUGUUUUUUAAAAUAAUCUUUUGAUCCCUUGAUCCUUCUUGCAUCUAGAGUACAGUUCAACUUGUACUUUCUUUCUUUUUCCCCCACUCCUAGUCGAUGAUCGGCCCCAUCAAAUCGGGCGCAAAGCACACACAUUCCAGAAAUGUUCCCUUUUUUCCCCCCGAGUAUUGUCCUUUUCCCCUUUUCUACACAGGUUAAUUAAGAGUUAUGUAUUUCAUAUAGUAUUUGUGUAAUGUUUAUUUUCCUGUGCUUCUACCCGGUAGAACAUCCAAAAAGCUCCCCCGUCCCCCCAAAUCCAUGUUCCAUCUGUAUAUCCCAGUUUUUUGUCUGUUUUAUCUUCUCUCGAGCGCUUCAGCCAAAUCCCCUUCCCCUCGUAAUUAUCCUUGUUUUUCAUACAUUUAUGCAAGUUUUCUCUCACCAUUUUAAUGGUUUCCCAUCCAUUCAUAUGGCUCCGCCCCUUCCCUGUGCACUUUUUAUCUGAAAAUUCUUUGAUAUUUAGAGAAAUUUGAGAAUAUUUCGAUGAGAUUCAUGUAGGUUUUUCCAAAAAAUCGAACGAAUUUUGUCGGAAUAUUUGAAAUCUCAGGAAAAGUCUAAAGAAUUAAAACACCCACAAUAGCACCUCUUUUCCUCAAAUUGCACCAACUCAAGUAUACCUUUUAUACAACCGUUCUACACUCAACGCGAUGUAAAUAUCGCAAUCCCUUUUUAUACAACCAUUCUGCCUCUGAACCAUUGAAACCUUCUCCCGUACUCCCACCAAUAGAUUAUUGCACUUUUCUGAGAGUUUUUCUGUGUUGGAAUCAUAAUUUUCUAAACUGAUUCGCAUAAUUUCCAACACUGAAAAACUUUCUCAACACCUCUGGUGACUAUUUUCUUUUCCGGUGUUAAUUGUCCCAAUUGCCUAAUGUCCCCAGUGUUCAUUUAAGCUCCCCAUUUAUUUUUAUUUCACUGUCUUGGUUUUUGUGCCCUAGCGCUAAAUAUUGUUUUAUUUUAAUGCAUGCUUCCUGCACGCCCCUCCCCCUUCUUGCGCACCCAAUUUUACAACAAUUUGUAAUUUAAAUUCGCAAAUUUCACUGCGAAAUUUGAAAUAUAUUGCUGAUAACAUAAUUGGAAUAAAUUGUUUUU